AACUAUAGUUCUUUCUUCUUAUUUAAUAUAUGGAAGAAUUGAAGUUGAGAAUAAGAAAGUAUGAGGUUGAAUCUGAUGGAGCUAAAGUUGAAGAACUUGAGAGAAGAUGUGAGGUAGGGCCUUCAGAAAGCGUCUUCCUCUUUACAGACACUAUGGGUGACCCUAUUUGUAGGAUCAGGAACAGUCCCAUGUACAUCAUGCUGGUAGCAGAAAUGGACAAAGAAUUAGUUGGAGUGAUUCAAGGAUCAAUAAAAGUGGUAACAAUCCAUAACCACCCUCCAAAAGAUUUGGCUAAGGUUGGUUAUAUUUUAGGCCUAAGGGUAUCACCAAACCAUAGAAGAAGAGGGAUUGGAUCAAGCCUAGUGGUGAGGCUAGAAGAAUGGUUCAAUUCCAAUGAUGUUGAUUAUGCAUACAUGGCCACAGAGAAAGACAACAUUGCCUCAAAAAGGAUCUUCAUGGAAAAGUUCACUUACACCAAGUUUAGGACACCAUCAAUAUUAGUCAACCCUGUGAACCACUACGAUCUCCAAAUCUCAUCCAACAUUGAAAUUUCAAGGGUCAAGAUUGAACAAGCUGAGUACCUCUAUAGAAGGUUCAUGAGUUCCUUUGAGUUCUUCCCCAAUGACAUAGACAACAUUUUAAGGAACAAAUUAAGUUUGGGAACAUUUGUGGCCAACUUCAAAGAAGAUCAUUUUUGGGGUGAUUUUGGGUCAAAUGGGCAUCAGGUACCAAACUCUUGGGCCAUGCUUAGUGUAUGGAAUAGUGGUGAAAUAUUCAAAAUGAGGCUUGGAAAAGCAACUUUUAGUUGCUUGUUAUACACAAAGAGUUGGUGCUUGAUUGAUAAGAUUUUCCCAUGUUUGAAAUUGCCUACUUUGCCUGAUUUCUUUAACCCUUUUGGAUUCUAUUUCAUGUAUGGUGUGUACCAUGAAGGUCCAUUCUCAGGUAAAUUAGUAAGGGCUUUGUGCCAAUUUGUGCAUAACAUGGCCUCAAAGUCAAAGGAUGAGAAUUGCAAGAUCAUUGUGACUGAGGUUGGAGGGGGGAGGGAUAAUAAUAACAAUGAGCUCAACCAUUAUAUCCCACAUUGGAAGUUGCUCUCUUGUCCUGAGGAUUUGUGGUGCAUAAAGGUUUUGAAAAAUCAUCAAGGGACUACAACAACAACAACAAACACUUUCCAUGAGUUAACCAAAUCCCCACCAACAAGAGCUCUUUUUGUAGACCCAAGAGAAGUUUAAAUUAAAGUGUUAUCUCAAAAGAUAAGUCUAUGAUAAAAAAGGAGUAUAAUAAAAGGGGUGGAGUAGGGGACCAGAACCAAAAAAACCCUACAAAAUAUUUUGACCAUAAGCUUUUUCUUUCUUGUUUUGUUAAGUAAUUUAAUAAAAGCAUUU